AUGCCACAUAAAACAAAUACCAGCAUCCCACCUAUCACAUGGACAUCUGACCUCGUAUGGAAACUCAUUGCUGAGGUCAAGAGGCUAGUCAACCUCAAAGUCUUAUUUGGCAUCAAAGAAGACAAUGAUUCUAAAACAGGUGACCAAAAGAUUUCCGCUUAUAAAACUAUAGCAAACACCAUUUUACCUGAGGUGUUUGCUUUGGAUCCAAGGACAGCGAUAGAUCGGACUCAGAAAAAGGUUGAAUCGCUUCGGGUUACAUACGUGAAGCAUGCUGCAGCCUUGAAACAGACUGGUGGAGGUUUGAAAGAUGGCGAGAACCCUUCAGAUAAAAAUUCUCUCAUGAAUAUCCUCAAGUGA